CAUGAAACCUAUCCACAACCAGCGAUUCUUCGUUGACGUUGUCUUUUUCCAAGUGGAAGACGAACUCUAUAAAGUUCCCAAAAAACCCUUCAUGGAGAACCCUCAUCCACCUUUUAGCGACAUCUUCUCUCUUCCGCUACCCAAAGACGAAUCCACCAACACAGAUUUGCAACCCGAAGGGACGUCGGAGGAGAACCCGAUCGUGCUGGAACAACUUCUAAAAGUAGAUUUUGAACGCUUCUUGAGCGUGUUGUUUGUCAAUCCUCCAUUCCAAGCAGCCAAAUUUUUUGAGAGUUUGACGAUCGAUGAUUGGACCUCAGUCUUGCGACUCUCGACUCAAUGGCAUUUCAUUGCCUUACGCAUGUUUGCGAUCUACCAUCUUUCUUGCAAGAAAGAUCUCACGUACAUCGAUCGUAUUCUUCUCGCACGACAGUAUAGUGUUUCCAAGUGGUUUUUUACAGGAGUCGUGGAUUUUGCGCGGGAUUAUACUAUGUCGGAAAUCAGCCACAUCGACGCAGGAAAACUCGGUUUGUGUACGACAGUUUCUCUUUAUCAUUUGAGAGGCCAGGCGCGGAAAGACCGUGACGGUAACUCCUCCGGUUCCCUAGUAGGUUUCACACCUCUAUUCAACAAACACUUCUUGGAUGAACUUCGUGGCAUCCAAGCCACAGACAAGGAGUAUUGUUCCAUGGUGCCUGGUGAGGGCUUGGAUGGAUUGACUGCGGCGUUAGUCGACGCCAUGCCAAAUAAGGAUCAAAGAGACUCGCAGUUGGGAGGAUCUGUGAAAGACUAUCUGCUGUCCCGAGGGUUCGAAAUUGCGGACGGCCAGUUGAAAUCUGUGGGGCCACGGGGCCGCGGUUGGUAG